AUGGCCUCCCGCCAUCGUUCCCGCUCGCAAUCCCCUACGCAUAACAGGACGUGGUUGUCUCCGGAAGAUGACAGAGACCGACGAAUACGUCGUGGCAACAAGGAGAAAUAUAAGGACAGAGACACAAGACCUCUACCUUACGGGGCGGAGCCGCUGCAGGACUCAGAUUAUUACCUCAAAAACGCCGAGUUCAGGUCCUGGUUGAAGGAAGAGAAGGACAUAUUCUUCGACGAGCUUUCGGGAGAGAAGGCGCGCAGUUACUUUCGCAAAUUUGUCAAGGCAUGGAACCGCGGAAAGUUACCGAAAUCUUAUUAUUCUCAUGAAAACGCCUUAAUACAACCGGCAGCUAGUCAGACAGCCUAUCGAUGGCCAUUUGCAUCAAAGAGCUCAAAGGCAGAGCGAGCUGCUUUAGAUGAGACACGUCACGCAGUUGAGACUGCAACUCAUAGCACGGACCUGGACACUAGUGACUCAGUUGCUGCCCCUGCUCCACAACUAGGGACUCACUCUGGACGAAGCAGGGUCUUGGGCCCGACACUUCCCUCUGCGAGUGACCGUAUUUUACUUCGCGAAGCACAGGAAGAAUCUCGUGCAGCUGAGCGUUCGUAUGAGCGCAAACGAGCAAGGGAGGAAGAUAAGGAACGAAUAGAGGAUCUCGUAGGCCCCAAAGAGCGCGGAAGAGAAGGGAUGCUCGAAAAGAAAAAGGCUCGAAGGGAGGCAGACAGGGCCACCCGAGAUGCAAAAGAUGAUGCAUUUGGUGAUUACGACGAAAGCACAUUAAUGGGCGGCGGAGAUAGCUUUCAAGCAAGGAUUGCACAAAGAGACGCUGCUCGGAGGCGUUUUAAAGAAAAACGUUCCUCGAUGCACGAAGAAAAAGAAUCGGCCGUUAAAGAAAGACAAGAAGCACUGCGAGCGAAGGAUAAAGCCACCAUGGACAUGUUUAAGCAGAUGGCCAAGGAAAGAUUCGGUGGUUAA